AUGAGUCUGAAAGGCAUCGGUAAGAGCCUGUCGCGAGCGCCGCAGACAUUCAAGGCGCGUUUCAACAUUGGCGAGAACACAAAGGACCCCGUCUACAUCGACGCCGAACGAAGAUUUCAAGAACUGGAGAAAGAGACCAAGAAACUCCAUGAUGACUCGAGAAAAUACUUCGACGCUAUCAACGGAAUGUUGAACCACCAGAUCGAAUUUUCAAAAGCCAUGACCGAACUGUAUAAGCCCAUUUCCGGCCGUGCCUCCGAUCCCAGCACAUAUACCAUUGAGGGGAACCCUGAAGGCAUCCAGGCAUGCGAGGAAUACGAGGCGAUCGUGCGUGACUUGCAGGAAACGCUUCAGCCCGAGCUCGAGAUGAUUGAAACCAGGAUCGUCAGUCCCGCAAACGAGCUUCUCGACAUUAUCAAGAUCGUCCGCAAGAUAACUGUUAAGCGUGAGCACAAAAAAUUGGACUACGACAGACACCGUUCUACCUUGAAGAAGCUCGAAGACAAGAAGGAGAAGUCUUUGAAGGAUGAAAAAGCGCUGUACAAGGCGGAAAACGACGUUGAGCAGGCAACACAAGAGUACAAUCAUUACAACGACCUGUUGAAAGAGGAAUUGCCGAAGCUUUUCGAGCUUGAAGCAGAAUUUAUCCGCCCGCUAUUUCAGUCGUUCUAUUACAUGCAGUUGAACGUGUUUUAUACGCUACAUGAAAAGAUGCAGGGCAUCAACAUCGGCUAUUUUGAUUUGACCCGGGAUAUCGAAGAGGCGUAUGAAGCCAAGCGAGGAGACGCCAGGGAAAAGGCCGAGGAGCUCACAAUCGUGCAUUUCAAAACCACUGGCGGUCGUCGCAAACCAGGGCUCAAAGAUAAACUUGCCGCGGACGACAAGACUACACGACGAUCAUCAACCGAGAAACCCCCUCCCCCUUACUCGGCUACCGCCGACUCUAGCACGACGAUUGGUCGUGCGAAUAGUACAAGCGGCAGUGCUUUAGCAGCAGCCGCCAAAUCCAAGACAGCUCCACCGCCUCCCAAGCCAAAGCCAGGCUACUUGGCCAAGCCAAAUGUCGAGACUGUGACUGCGUUGUAUGACUUUGAAGCUCAAGCGCACGGCGACCUCAGCUUCUCGGCCGGCGAUGUGAUUGAAAUUGUUCAACGCACAAGCAACGAGAACGAGUGGUGGACAGGACGGCUACAUGGACGAGAGGGACAGUUCCCAGGAAACUACGUCCAACUUAACUAA